AUGGCUAGUGACAAUCCUUGGGCGAGACUUCGGGAAGAAGCCACUUGCGCCAUUUGCUGGAAAUACUACACCAAUCCGAGCAUCCUGGACUGUGGGCACAGCUUCUGUGCAGACUGCAUUUCCGAAUGCUGGAAGGAGAUCCCUGACAACACCGCCUGUCCCCAGUGUCGAACUGCUGUCGAGAGAAAGAACUGCCGCCUGAACACCUGUCUGGCCAAUGUAGUUGAGUUAGCCAAGCAGAUGCCCAGCUUCGUGAAGGAAGGAGAAGUGCGGAAGGUCUGUGAGAAGCACCCGGAGCCCUCCGGAACUGCCUUCUGUGUGAGAGACCAAAUCGUCUUCUGCCAGGUGUGUGAGGGAUCCGAGCAGCACAGAGAUCACUACCUGGCUUCUGUGAAGGAGACUGCCCAGUUGUAUAAGGGUUGGUAUUCUACCUAUGUUGAGACGCUCAACGAGGUGCGGGCUCAGAUGGUGAGGAAUAAAUUUCACAUUUUGGGUUGGAGUGAAAAUCUGCAGAAAAAUUCAGUUACAGAGCACCAAACGAUAGCUACUGUGUUCAAGCAAUUGUAUGAUUUCCUGAUAAACCAAGAGGACUAUUUGUUGACACGUUUCAAGUCUGUGACCGGGGAGGUAGCUGACAAAAGGAACCGUGACUUGGCCCAUCUCUGUCUAGAUAUCUUCACUCUUGAGAAUAACAUCCGGCUGCUGGAGGAGAAGGCUUCACAACCGGUGCAUGAAUUCUUGCGGGUGAGACUGUGGGCUAUUCUCUGCUGGGGUUUCCCCCUUCCUCCCAGAGAAAGCUGGGGUGAAACCUUGCUUGGACCUCCUUAG